GUAAGGCCUUAAAAUAUUUAUUCACUAAAAGUUUUUAAAAAGCCAUAAGAGACCGUCCACAUGAUGGCAGUAAUGCAACAGCUAGGACGCCAGCUGCAGCUAAAGCUCACAGAAGAAGCAGAAGCCGCAACCUUCCGCUUUGCCGUUACAGUCCGGUUAUAAAACCAAAACUAAUCUCCAAAAACACUCAGGACUUGAACUUUCAUUGCGUUGCGGCGAAUGGGAUUCGACAAGUUCUGCAGUCUGGACAGUUCCGAUCCAUUUUGGGCUGUUGGCUUUCUAUUGUGGAUUAUCUGCUGGGCAGAUGUUUUCUAUUCUUUCUGGGAAAGAAGUCAUGGCAGCAGAAUCCCUGCACCCGUCUACCUAGUCAGUCCAACUUUACUAGGCCUCACCAUGUUGCUGGCCACCAUGUUAAUUCAGUACGAACGGAUGAAAGGGGCUCAGUCGUCUGGAGUGAUGCUGAUCUACUGGCUGCUGGCACUGCUGUGUGCCACAGUAACCUUCAGGUCCAAGCUCCUGCAGGCCCAGGACCAGCUAUCAACAGUGUAUGUGUGGAGGUACACCACCUUCUAUAUCUACUAUGCUCUGCUGCUGGUUGCUCUGUUCCUGUCCUGCCUGACGGACCAGCCACCCCUCUUCUCGCAGGCUGUUAAAGACUUGAAUCCCUGCCCUGAGCUUGGAGCUUCUUUCCUCUCCAGAAUAACUUUCUGGUGGAUCACAAACAUGAUGAUGACAGGUUACAAGCACCCACUGGAGGAGAAGGACCUGUGGUCUUUGAACCCAGAGGACCGCUCCCAUAGAGUGGUUCCACAGCUGGUGUGUCGCUGGAAUGCAGAGUGCCAAAAGGUCAAAAGGGUAGAGGAGAAAACUUUGUAUUCCCCCAAGCAGGUCCCGCACAGUGAGGACAAAGAUGGCCGUGCUGUGGAAGAGUCUGAAAUCUUGAUUGUGAAAAACCCCCAAAAAACAAAGGAGCCCUCCCUGCUCUGGGCACUGUGCCUGACCUUCGGGCCCUACUUCCUCAUCUCCUGCCUCUAUAAAAUCAUCCAGGACAUCCUCAUGUUUGUUGGGCCUGAGAUCCUCCGGCUGCUGAUACGCUUCGUCAACAACUCUAGUGCCCCCUCCUGGCAGGGGUACUUCUACACCGCUCUGCUCUUCAUUUGUACCUGUGUGCAGUCCCUCAUCCUCCAGAAGUAUUUUCAUGUUUGCUUCGUCUCAGGCAUGCGUCUGCGCACCGCCAUCAUCGGAGCUGUUUAUAGGAAGGCUUUGGUUAUAAGCAGCGCAGCCCGCCGCACCUCCACGGUGGGAGAGAUUGUCAACCUGAUGUCAGUGGAUGCUCAGCGCUUCAUGGACCUCAUCACUUACAUCAACAUGAUAUGGUCUGCCCCUCUGCAGGUGGUGCUGGCCCUUUACUUUCUCUGGCAGAACCUGGGUCCAUCCGUGCUAGCUGGAGUGGCUGUGAUGGUUCUGAUGGUUCCUGUUAAUGCCGUCAUUGCCAUGAAAACCAAAACAUACCAGGUGGCUCAGAUGAAGAGUAAGGACAAUCGCAUUAAGCUGAUGAAUGAGAUGCUAAAUGGCAUCAAGGUGCUGAAACUGUACGCCUGGGAGCUGGCCUUCAAGGACAAGGUGUCUGAAAUUCGUGAGAGUGAGCUGCGAGUCUUGAAGAAGGCCGCCUAUCUGGGUGCAAUGUCCACCUUCACUUGGGUCUGUGCACCUUUCCUUGUUGCCCUCUCCACUUUCACUGUGUACGUGCUGAUUGACGAACACAACGUGCUCGAUGCCCAGAAGGCCUUUGUGUCACUGGCACUCUUCAACAUUCUCCGUUUUCCUCUCAACAUGCUGCCAAUGGUCAUCAGUAGCAUGGUGCAGGCCAGUGUGUCCUUGAAGCGCCUGAGAGUGUUUCUAUCACAUGAGGAGCUGCAGGAAAACAGUGUGGAGCACAAAGCAGUAGCAGGCUCCCCACACAGUGUCUCCAUAGUGGAUGGAGUUUUCAGCUGGUCCAGAACUGAAUCACCAAUACUCAAGAAGCUGACUUUUCAUAUCCCAGAAGGCUCUCUGGUGGCCGUGGUGGGACACGUGGGUUCUGGAAAGUCCUCACUGCUCUCUGCCCUGCUCGGAGAGAUGGACAAACUAGAGGGAACCGUAACUGUCAAGGUGGCUGACACAGGUUGGGUGGCCUACGUUCCCCAACAGGCCUGGAUCCAAAACUCCACGCUCAAAGAAAACAUAAUGUUUGGUCAGGAGAGGAGAGAUUCCUGGUAUCAGCGUGUGGUGGAUGCAUGUGCCCUUCAGCCUGAUCUGGAGAUCCUUCCUGCUGGAGACGAGACGGAGAUUGGAGAGAAGGGGGUGAAUCUGUCUGGAGGUCAGAAGCAGAGGGUGAGCCUGGCCAGGGCUGUCUACUGUGACCGUGCUGUGUACCUGCUGGAUGACCCACUGUCUGCAGUUGAUGCUCACGUCGGAAAACACAUCUUUGAUCAAGUCAUAGGCCCACAGGGACUGUUGAAGGACAAGACUCGUGUGCUGGUGACCCAUGGGCUGAGCUACCUGCCCCAAGCCGACCUGAUCCUGGUCAUGGUGGAGGGACAGAUCACAGAGAUGGGUUCCUACCAGCAGCUCAUGGCCACAGAGGGAGCCUUCUCUGAGUUUCAGCGAACAUACAGUGCUGUCGACCACACUGAUAACGAUGAAUCUCUACCAAAGAGUGGAACGAAAGGAAUAGACAAUGGCAGUGCGACUGCUCUUGCUGGAGGCAUGACUUUCACAUCAACAGUCGCCAAGCGCCUGCUGGUAAGGUCCCGUGGUGAUGACAUUUUAGGGGUUUUGGAGAACUUCUUUUGCAUCUUUGUGGUCUGGCUCUCGGGACUCAUAAAGCUGCAACAAUCUUCUUCUGACUGCCUCAGACAGGUCUUUCGAUCUCAACCCAUGGUGUUCACUCUCACGUCAACAGUGCAGGAGCACACCAAACUGAAUGUCUGA